GGUGGUUAAGGACUUUAAAGCCCACGGUGAGGCGUCUGGGCUCGAUGCCGACGUGGACGGGCAACCGCUGGAGGUUCCUGAGGAAUGGGGAGACAGAGUCUGAACGGUUUUGAAGGAAAAUGUUUCCGGGGUCCUCCAAAAGUGGCUGGGUUUUGUGUAUCUGGGGCGCCGCUCCUACGUACCCCGAAAGCGCUCCGAAAUAUCUGCGGAUAUUUAGUCCUUAAUUUUGGAUCGUUUAGGUGGAUGUUGAGUACUUAGUGAGCGGUCACCGAGCGCUUGGGAAAGUACGGCAGUAAAGAGGGGCAGUCCCUGCCCACAGCGAGCUCAUGGUCUCGGCCCGGGGAGACGGACGUCAGUACAAGUAAACGGACGUCAAUAUAGAGAAAUAAAAUUGAAGAUAUACACGACACCACCCAAGUGACAUGUUCAGACGCGGUGCUGCCGAUCCUGUGCUAGAGGACAGUGAGAGCAUGCGAGACGCACAAACCCCACACCCUCGUCAGGUCCCUGAAGGAAGAAUCAAGACUUCCAUGGCCCCCGUUUGACAUCAUGCACCACCAGUGGCUUCUGUUAGCUGCAUGCUUUUGGGUUAUUUUCAUGUUUAUGGUUGCUAGCAAGUUCAUCACGUUGACUUUUAAAGAUCCAGAUGUUUAUGGUGCCAAACACGACCUCCUCUUCCUGACAGCUCUCCCUGAAGUGGAUAGGAUUCCGGAGGAGAAACGAUCGUCCGAAAGAUUAAAGCCUACUGGGAAGGGGCUUCCUGAAAACCAGCCCUACCAGCCGCUGGUCCACAUGGAACGCCUGCAGCUACUCGGCAACGUCUGCAGAGACGCAGCAUUGAAGAACCUCUCCCACACCGCCGUCUCCAAGUUCGUCCUGGACCGAAUCUUCGUCUGCGACAAACACAAGAUCCUUUUCUGCCAGACUCCCAAAGUGGGCAACACCCAGUGGAAAAAAGUGCUGAUUGUCCUAAAUGGAGUUUUCCCGUCUAUCGGAGAGAUCCCGGAGAGCCUCGUCCACGACCAUGAGAAGAACGGUCUGCCGCGUUUGUCUUCCUUCAGUGACUCUGAAGUCCAGAAGCGGUUGAAAUCAUACUUCAAGUUUUUUAUCGUGAGAGAUCCCUUCGAAAGACUCAUCUCCGCAUUUAAGGACAAGUUCGUCCAGAACCCUCGAUUCGAGCCGUGGUACAGGCACGAAAUCGCCCCCGGCAUCAUUAAGAAAUACAGGAGGAACCGGACGGAGACGAGAGGGCUGCAGUUUGAGGACUUCGUGCGGUACUUAGGGGACCCGAACCACAGGCGGCUGGACCUCCAGUUCGGAGACCACAUCAUUCACUGGGUCACCUACGUAGAGCUCUGCGCUCCGUGUGAGAUCGAGUACAGUGUAAUCGGGCACCACGAGACGCUGGAGGACGAUGCUCCGUAUAUCCUGAAGGAAGCCGGGAUAGGCCAUCUCGUGUCCUAUCCUACCAUUCCACCCGGCAUCACCGCCUACAACCAGACCAAGGUGGAGCGCUACUUCCUGGGAGUGAGCAAAAGAGAUAUUCGCCGCCUCUACGCCCGUUUCGAGGGAGACUUUAAACUCUUUGGAUACCGGAAGCCAGAUUUUUUGCUCAACUGAUGCCUUGGGAUCUGGGGACCGGAACAUCUGUGCAACACGGAAGCCGGAACUGAUAUUGCCGGGGACUGCGCCUUUUUUCCGGACUGUUCCAGCAGCCUCGUGGCUCUUUUCCCAGCCAAGUGUACCCGUUACUGUCUGUAACGGGGAUGGAGGAGACGUCGAGGCGAGCCCCCCGUGCCGGAGUGACAUGCCCUCUGCUCGCCUCAGGAAAGAAGAGGAAGAGCAGGCUGUCCGGAUAGUGAAGAAAAGUCAAAUGAUGUGAAAGCAGCUCCUUGGAUCCCUUGGCAGGAGUAGCUUUAUUUAGUCAGGGAGGCCAGUGGUUGCGGGAGGACUGGGGAGGUGUAAAAGGCUGUGAAAACUGGAGGACCAAGUGGGACCAAAACUCAGAGAUCAAAUUAGACCUCUGUGGCAGUCAUUCCCCAAAGUUGGGGUGGGGGGUAAGGUGGGCACGCUGUGGCUGGGUUAGAUUCACCCCAGACGUCGAAUCUGUCCUUUUCCUUUCCUAGCAAGCGUGUCUGCCGAGCGGCACUCACCAUCUCCCUCAUUCCACCGGUGGUAUUUAUUGAGUGCUUACCGUGUGCGGACCACCGGACGAACCCCUAGGGAAAGUAUUGAAGAUGUGGUAGACGCCAUCCCCGCCGCAGCGCCGUUCCGAAUCCCCAACCUCCGAGGACCAGUGUUCUUAGGGUUUUUUUCCAAAUUGGCCAGUAUUCUACGUUGCAGAGAGGGCAUGCCUUCCAAAUGGAGAGAAGGAAUGGUGUUUGAGGCCUUGAGAAAGGUUUGGACGACGGCAGUGAUCAACCCCGGAGCAUUGUAGCUGACCCCUGCCGGGGGUGGAAUUGUUAUUCCGGCGCAGGGCGCUUUUCCGAUUGGGGCAGAGCACGUCUCCAUUUGGAGUAGCUCCUCUCCUUGGGGAGACAGAGCUUUGGCUGGGACCAAGAGGUUGUGGGGCAGCAGAGCUCCUGAGGGGAAGAAAGGAUCUCCAUUCUCACAGACGCUCUUCUUUGUCCUAGGGCAGCUUUUCUUUCUUCCAUUUCAGUAUCAACAGAAUUGCCUGAACCCCAGUUGUAUACAGAGCCCCAGCCUGAGCCCUUGGGGACCCGCUCUUGGGUUAAAGGUGGGAUCCCCGCCCUGAGGAAUCCCCCCCGCCUUCAGCUCAGCGACGGGCAGAGAGCGGGAACUCCUCUUCCGAGUGCUUAAGGUGUGUGAGUUCGGUUUCACCAGCAAUAAAACCCUGCAAUUAUCGGUGUCGUAGACGGCUACCCUGGGCUGACCCCGUCUUGCCCCAGAGAAGUGGCCCAGAAGGGACCCGUCCUGGCUAAAGACCCCUCAAGGUAGGCGUUCCCCGAGCACCGUGGCAUCAGACGAGCUGCCCGGCAAAUUAACCCAGAAGCCGCCGGAGCGGGCCGUCGUCUCGUCCGGGCAACGCCGCUGGCCUUGAGGGCGGCUGAAAGGUCUCGGGCGUUGUGGAACUGAAAUUAAAGCAAAAUCAAAUAUAAUGUGCCAAACCCGUCGUGCUGCAGUUGAGAAAAAAGCCAGGUCUAGGAUCGCAGGACCAAAUGAUCUUGGGAUUCCUCCUGGUUAGGAGGAAAGGAGGAGGAGGGACUCCAAGAUGGACGUCGCUAACGGGCCCGUCCGCGGCAGUGAGGAUCAAGGGCUGUUGGGUUCUGUGACAAGGCUGCGGUUACGGUGUCCGAAGCGCUUUAGUCCUUAAAGGAUGUCACGGUCUGGUGAUUUUCGUCUGGCGUCGUGGCCGGGUAUAUGGUCCGAUACAUUUCGGAGCUAAUGAGCUGAUAGAUUACCUCUGUGGAUUUAAAAUGUAAUAAUGUGGAUAAUAAUAUAUGGAGAAGUUAGGCCUUAAAAUUAGACCUAAUAAAAUGUAGAAUUUCUCUUUAGCAA